AUGUCGGGCAAGCUGGCACGUUCGUCUCUCGUUCGUCUCCUUUAUUCGAAUCUGGUAUCAAAUACACUUCUGAGUGAUAUCAUCUCGCACUGUAUUGAUCGAACCUUGUGUGAUGAGAAUGCCCUUUCUGAGGUAUUCAAUCCGAUUCUUACCCAGCAGAGGGAUUCGAUGAUCUACCAGCAUAUGAUGACAAAUCGCGAUGAUUGCGUGCAUUUGCUGUUUCGUGCAGUCAUACAAUUACUGUCAGUUCGAGUUGAUGGCAACAAACGACCUAUUGCUGACUUGAUGGUCAACCGUCCCGACUUCUUACCAGAGCUCGUCACUAACAUCGCGGGUCGUGAAAUCGCUCAUCUUUCCUACCUCGGUCCUUUUCUCGGUUACGGGAUACCAUGUGAUGAAUUUGUUAGUCCUAUCGCAAGCAAAUUUUUUGGUGUGACAGAAGCCCCAAAAGAUGGAGUAAAUAUGAUGUACGAGAGCUAUCGGAGAAGAUUUGAGUCCACCAGAUCACUGAUGCACCAAAUCGUUCAUCAGUUGGUAGCAAAUGCGUCAUCUCGUGGACGUUGUCUUGACUACUUCGCAGCAGUUAUCAAACACAAUGAAAAACGAGCUCAACUCAGGGUUAAUCAAAUGUAUCCCUUCCAAAAGAACAGUCGGGUGGAUAUCGUGGAAAAAACUCGACUCAAAGUAGACCUCCAAGGUGCCAAAGAGUUCGCUGAGAAAAUUCCUAAUAACGUUGAAGACAAAUUCACGACGGAAUGUUUUUUUCUCACUAUGCAGUUCGAGAAUAUCUGCCUUCAACCUGCAGUUAACCGCCUACGUAGCCUUCGAAGACACAUUGCAGAUGUUCGCGAUCAGAUUCGGGAACUUCAAGAGCAGCUCUCUCGUUUGCAAGAUGGAUUGUUUGCUGAACACGAAAGAAAUAGAAUCAACCACAAAAUCAAGGCACGCACUGAACAGAAACUGUCCUUCACGCACACAGCGAUGUGUUAUGAGUGCAUGCUAUCGGAUCCGUCAUUCAUCAGCCUUGCGCUAGAUUUCUCCAGUAAACAGCUGCAACUUCUUCUCAAUGCCAUUUCUCCGAAUUUCCGCUAUGAGAGUGAGUUACCCGCCGUCGCUCCUCCGCUUUUCGCUGCGUACCCAGAGUUCUACUUGGAUGACGUACUUGAUCUAGUGACAUUUGCAUUGAAACACACUGCUCCUCUUCUUGUUGGUCGGAACAAUGAUUGGCCAAAUCAUUUGCUGGUUUUCAUUUGCUGUACACACUACUUCAACAAUCCAUUCUUGGCUGCUAAGGUGGUUGAGGUUGUGAUGAUGCUCACACCUGCUGUUAUGCCGGCUGCGCAAAAUCUGUGGUAUCAGGUGAUAAAUAGCCCGAUGGCUAUGGAAAAACUAUUCCCCAGUUUGGUGAAGUUCUACUCUGAUGCUGAAGCUGGUACGGAUUUCUACGAGAAGUUCAGUAUUCGGCGAAACAUUCAAGUUAUUUUCCAGUGCCUUUGGAAUGAAACUUACUAUCGUUCUAUUAUGAUCCAGCUAGCAAGAGCUUGCGGCCCCGAAUUCAUCCGAUUCAUUAACAUGGUAAUCAACGAUGCUACAUUCCUGCUUGAUGAGAGUCUGGCAGCGUUGAAAAAAAUCCACGAUGUUGAACUGGUAAUGGCUAAUAAGGAGGAGUGGGCUGCGCUCGGCCGAGAAGAACAACAGCAAAGGGAAGGUAUACUGGAGGAUGCGAAGAGGCAGGUGCGCUCUUGGUUAAUCUACGCGAAGGAUACGUUAGAAUUGCUUGGAUACCUGACGAGGGAUGCGCCACAACCGUUCGCUCAAGAUGUGCUUGGCGAUAGAUUGGCAUCAAUGCUCAACCAUAAUAUAGCCCAACUUUGCGGAAGGAAAUGCAUGGAGUUGAAGAGAUCGUAUACACCUCAAAUGAUGAACGAUGUCAUUCGUCGUCUCCAAAGCAACAAUAUAGUUCCUAUCAGUCAAAUCGAAAGGUUUCGGGCAUUAGCUGAAAAGGUUGAAACUUUGUACAAUAACAAAGCACAGCAAGAAAUGGAACUGGAAGAUGCUCCUGAGGAAUUUAAGGUUAUCGUUUCAUACAAUAUUGCUCGUUUUAGGUAUUAUAUUUUGAUUUAUUCUUCAGAUCCCGUCAUGGAUACACUGAUGGAAGAUCCGGUGCGGUUACCAUCUGGUCAUAUCAUGGAUCGAAAGCAUAUUAUGCGUCAUUUGCUCAGCAGCCAAACGAAUCCCUUUAAUCGUGCCCCACUCACAGAAGAUGAGCUGGAACCCGGUGAGUACACAGUCAGUCACCCUUCUGUAGUAGACUGUCACGGAAUUGGUAACUAUGUGCAGUUUCAGUUCAAAACCUACAUUUAG